GCUCAUUCCGCGCUGGGAGUCACUAGAGGCCGCUGCUGUUGCCGUGGCGGCCGUCUGGUGUUUUCGCGCUCCUCCCUUUCCUCCUCUUUCUCCUCCUUAGAGUCCCAGUCUGGCCGAUCUGUUCUGCUCACCGGCAGAAAACGAACACCUAACUUGCUACCUUGUCUGGAGUCACAUGGUGACUCUACAACUUGAUGGACGACAGCAAAUCUGAUCAACCAAAAAAUAAUUCAAAAAUGGCAGAACUCUUCAUGGAAUGUGAAGAAGAAGAACUGGAACCAUGGCAGAAAAAAGUAGAAGAAAUUCCGGAUGAAGAAGAUGAUGAGCUGAUCUUUGUUAGAGAGAUAUCAAGUUCAAAACCAGCCAUUUCAAAUAUUUUGAACAGAGGCAACUCCAGCUCAUCCUCAAAGACAGUAAAGAGUGAAACACUCAGUCAAGGUGUUACUGAUGUAUUCAAGACUACAAGUCAACGCUACAAAGACCCAACAUCAAAUCCAUUGGCUGCCCUACCUAGAUUUCAUCCUGAAGCUAAAUCUUCACAUAGAUCUGUUAUUGUUCAUAACGUGUCUAAACCUGACUUUACAAAGAAUUCAUCACAAGUUGAAUCGGAUGAUUCUUCAGAUUUACUGUUUGACUUGACCCAGGAUACAAUACCACAAUCCCAAGAGGGAUCAACAAUUUGUAUAGAAGCUCUGGAUGAAGCUUUGCCUGUAAUAAAACGUCCUUCUGCUUCUAAAGUAAACAGAGGUAAUCCAAAAAAGCCAAAGACUAGCGGAGAUGAUUCUGAAAUAAAUUCUUGUGCUUCAUUAUCUUUAGAAAACUCUUCUUCAGUGACAUCCUCCCCUGUUAUGACAACAGAAGGUACAGAUACCCCAUCAACUCAACAUAAAACUGGAAUGCCUUUUCAAAGAUCUUGUCCAAAGUGCAAUGUUCAGUUCAAUCGUUUGGAUGCUUUGAAAUAUCACAUGAAGUGUUGUUGUCCAGACAUGCUAAACAAAUUUUUGGAAACGAUUAAAGUACAGAUUUCAAGUACUGAAAAUAAAGAUAAGAUUAUUAUAGAGAAAGGAAAAUUGAUUAUGCUAGUUAGUGACUUUUACUAUGGAAAACAUGAAGGAGAUGUUGAUGCUGAACAGAAGACUUACACAACCUUUAAGUGCUUCAGUUGCUUGAAAGUUCUUAAAAAUAAUAUUAGGUUUAUGAACCACAUGAAACACCAUUUGGAAUUUGAGAAGCAGAAUAGUGAGAGCUGGGAAAACCACACCACCUGCCAGCACUGUUACCGUCAAUAUCCCACACCAUUCCAGCUGCAGUGUCACAUUGAGAGUACACAUACACCCCAUGAGUUUUCUACUAUUUGUAAAAUCUGUGAAUUAUCAUUUGAAACAGAACAUACUCUUUUACAACAUAUGAAGGACACUCAUAAACCUGGUGAAAUGCCAUAUAUUUGUCAGGUUUGCCAGUUUAGAUCAUCAACAUUUUCUGAUGUAGAAACUCAUUUUAGAGCAUCCCAUGAAAACACUAAGAACUUGCUAUGUCCAUUUUGCCUCAAAGUUAGUAGAAUGGCAACCCCCUACAUGAAUCAUUACAUGAAACAUCAGAAAAAAGGAGUUCAUCGUUGUACAAAAUGCAGACUACAAUUUUUGACCUGCAAGGAGAAAAUGGAUCACAAGACCCAGCAUCGGACAUUUAUAAAGCCUAAAGAGCUAGAAGGAUUGCCUCCUGGUACAAAAGUUACUAUUCGAGCUUCAUUAGGAUCUCUUCAUUCAAAGCCAUCGACUACAUCUUCCAGCAACACUCCAAGCACUUCUCUUCAGGUCUCACCUCCAGAGUCUAAAAACGCAACUCCUAAAAAUCCCACCAAAUCUAAUGCGAGUAAACCGAAGACACGUAAGGGUCGUGCAACUACAUCUACUGCAAGUAAACCUAAUGCAAAUAAGCAAGGUAGAGAUACAUCUAAAUGCAAAGCCAAAACCUCUUGCAAGCAAAAGAAACAACGCAACAGAAAGAACAAAAUCAGCAUAGCUUUGAAGAACUUAAGGUGUCGUCGAGGAGUUCACAAGUGCAUUGAGUGUCAUUCCAAAAUAAAAGAUUUUGCAAGUCACUUUUCAAUAUAUAUCCACUGUAAUUUUUGCAAAUACAACACUAACUGUAACAAAGCCUUUAUAAAUCAUAUGGUGAGCUCUCAUAGCGACCAUCCAAGUAAACGGUUUUAUAUUUUUAAGAAGCAUUGUGGAACUCUCAGGGACAUUACUCUAGUGUGCCUUAAGUGUGAUUUCUUAACUGAUUCUUCUGGUUUGGAUCGUAUGGCUAAACACUUAAGUCAACGUAAAACUCACACUUGCCAAGUUAUAAUAGAGAAUGUUCCCAAAAGAACCUCAACUUCUGAACCCACUUCUGAAUGCAGAAGUAACACAGAAAUUUCAAAAAAUUUCCAGGGUACUCCUGGUCAGUGUCCCCCUUCGUUGGACACACCUGAUGCCUGUACUCUCUUUCCAAGGAAUGUGAAUUAUUUGACUGUGAGACCUUCUCUAGUUUGUGGCCUUAGGAAGUCAGUUAUUGGGGAGCGUCCCUUCCUUCAUGACUGGUCUCCCAUAAGGCUGAUGCUAAUUUGACCAGAGAUGACCUCAAGGCCCAACAAAUUGAGCACAAAUUCCCACUGGUGGCUUUGGUUCUUAUUUUAAGCCUAUAGGUCAAUUCUGACCAAGAAAAGCACUUCAAACCAAUGCUUUAUCACCUAAGUUGAAGUUUAAUCAUUUUGACUGCUGCCCUUUAGUCUUCCUCUAGCAUGCAUGCAGUCCAAGGAAUAUAAAAACUGGCUGUGUAGGGAACCAAAGUUACUUUUCAUGAUCUUAGAAAAGAAAUUUCUAAAAUUACAGUUCCAAAGUUACAGUUAUUUGUACUGUCAUUUAAAGUUUUAUCCAGUGUUAACCCUAGGAAUUUUCAGCAAUAUCAAUACAUUUAAAGGUGUUUAAGUUUACUUUUAUCUUUGUUUUACGUUCUUCGCCAAAUUUUUUAAUGUCUGUUUUGUUAUGUCCACUCUUAUCUCUUUUCUUCAAAACUUUUGUUAAGAACUGCAAAAAAUUCCUUAGAAUUCUCUAUAGAUUUCGUGUAAGCUACCUCUUGGUGGCAUAUUAAUUUGGUAAUUGUUCAGACCAUUAGACAUUAUUACAUCCUCUAUUCAUCUUGGGACUGUCAUUAACUAAUAAGCUUAGUGAUGUGAGUUCAAAGACAUAAAGAAUUGGCAAAAACAAACAAACACUUCCUGCAGACCUUAAAACAAGUUUUAAAAUUAAAUUUCUGUACAUCUAAUAGAUAAUAUCUUCUUAGCCAUUAAUGUAAUUCCUUUGGAUAAAGAUAAUAUAUUCAAAAAUAUUGGGACCAAAUAAUGCACUUGUUUCUUGCCCAUAUAUAUAGAUGUAUAUAUAUUUUUUAAUUUGGCGUUUGUUUAUUUUGGUUACAUUGAAUGUAGGUUUGCUGAACUGCUUUGAUGUUAUUAUUUUUUUAAUAAAAUUUGUAUUGUUA